GGUGCUCUCCUCCGGCCCCUGUGGAACUGGAGCUGAGGAGGAGCUGAAAAUGCAGAUUUAGCAUCAAGCACAGACACACACUCGCUCUUUCUCUCCGGUACACACGGCUCCCCACAUUCGCACCCCUGCCCGCGAGCCGGGACGCCUGACUGCACGACGUCCCAGCCAGCCAAAUGCUGGAGAACACACACUGAUUUGCUGCUUCCCAAGCGCCUAUUCGGUCUCUUUCUUUAUACAAAGAUUUUUUUUAACUAUAUACAUAUAUAGUUUUUUUAUUUGCACCGUCCCUCUGGGUCCCCUGCUCUGCCAGCCGGCGCGCCUCCUGGCACCACUUUUCACUCCCAAAGAAGGAUGGAGGGUGGUUGUGUCUCCCCGUGGAAGGCGGCUGCGGGGCUCCUCUUCUGUGCCAUGGUUUUUGCAUCUGCUGAGAGACCCGUCUUCACGAAUCAUUUUCUUGUGGAGUUGCAUAAAGGGGGAGAGGAAGAAGCUCGCCAAGUCGCAGCAGAACACGGCUUCCGAGUCCGAAAGCUCCCCUUCGCUGAAGGCCUGUACCACUUUUAUCACAAUGGCCUUGCAAAAGCCAAGAGAAGACGUAGCCUACACCACAGGCAGCAGCUGGAGAGAGACCCCAGGGUAAAGAUGGCCUUGCAACAGGAAGGAUUUGACCGAAAAAAGAGAGGGUACAGAGACAUCAAUGAGAUUGACAUCAACAUGAACGAUCCUCUUUUCACGAAGCAGUGGUACCUGAUCAAUACCGGGCAAGCUGAUGGCACUCCUGGCCUUGAUUUGAAUGUGGCUGAAGCGUGGGAGCUGGGAUACACAGGGAAAGGUGUUACCAUCGGAAUUAUGGAUGAUGGGAUUGACUAUCUCCACCCAGACCUGGCCUCCAACUAUAACGCGGAAGCCAGUUACGACUUCAGCAGCAACGAUCCCUAUCCUUACCCUCGGUACACAGAUGACUGGUUUAACAGCCAUGGUACCCGAUGUGCAGGAGAAGUUUCUGCUGCAGCCAACAACAAUAUCUGUGGAGUCGGAGUGGCAUACAACUCCAAGGUCGCAGGCAUCCGGAUGCUGGACCAGCCCUUCAUGACGGACAUCAUCGAGGCCUCCUCCAUCAGCCACAUGCCGCAGCUGAUCGACAUCUACAGCGCCAGCUGGGGCCCCACGGACAACGGCAAGACAGUGGACGGGCCCCGGGAGCUCACACUGCAGGCGAUGGCCGACGGCGUGAACAAGGGACGCGGCGGCAAAGGCAGCAUCUACGUGUGGGCAUCUGGAGAUGGUGGCAGUUACGAUGACUGCAACUGUGAUGGCUACGCCUCUAGCAUGUGGACCAUCUCCAUCAACUCGGCCAUCAACGACGGCAGGACCGCCUUGUACGAUGAGAGCUGCUCCUCCACCCUGGCCUCCACCUUCAGCAAUGGGAGGAAGAGGAACCCCGAGGCCGGCGUGGCGACCACAGAUUUGUAUGGCAACUGCACUCUGAGGCAUUCUGGGACAUCUGCGGCUGCUCCCGAGGCAGCUGGCGUGUUUGCACUGGCUUUGGAGGCUAACCUGGGCCUGACCUGGCGAGACAUGCAGCAUCUGACUGUGCUCACCUCCAAACGGAACCAGCUUCAUGAUGAGGUCCAUCAGUGGCGGAGGAAUGGGGUCGGCCUGGAGUUUAAUCACCUCUUUGGCUACGGGGUCCUUGACGCAGGCGCCAUGGUGAAAAUGGCCAAAGACUGGAAAACCGUGCCUGAGAGAUUCCACUGUGUGGGAGGCUCCGUGCAGGAUCCUGAGAAAAUACCACCCACUGGCAAGUUGGUGCUGACCCUCACGACGGACGCAUGCGAGGGCAAGGAAAACUUCGUCCGCUACCUGGAGCACGUCCAAGCUGUCAUCACAGUCAACGCCACCAGGAGGGGAGACCUGAACAUCAACAUGACUUCCCCCAUGGGUACCAAGUCCAUCUUGCUGAGCCGGCGGCCAAGGGAUGAUGACUCCAAGGUGGGCUUUGACAAGUGGCCUUUCAUGACCACACACACGUGGGGGGAAGAUGCCCGGGGAACCUGGACCCUGGAGCUGGGCUUUGUGGGCAGUGCUGCCCAGAAGGGCGUGCUGAAGGAGUGGACCCUGAUGCUGCACGGCACGCAGAGCGCCCCCUACAUCGACCAGGUGGUGAGGGAUUACCAGUCCAAGCUGGCCAUGUCCAAGAAGGAAGAGCUGGAGGAAGAGCUGGACGAAGCCGUGGAGAGAAGCCUGAAAAGCAUCCUGAGAGAGAACUAGUGCCACAAACCCACCUCCCUGCCACCCUCCCUCCCGCCUCUGCCUCUGUCCUCGCUCCAUGUUCCUGGCAGGCACCUAGCGAUUACUGUCACCCACGCGAGCAAUCCUGUCUUCUCCAUCCGAAGCUUCGCUCACUGUCAAUGAUUAUUUUCAUUACAAUGGAAGCAAUCUUUUUAAUUCUAUGCCCCAAAUACAGUGUUCACACCAACAUCUCUGUCCUGCGUGUGACUCAAAGGUCUUUAUUUCUGUCAUUCAAAUGGUUGAUAAUCCUGCAAACAAAACUGGGACAACCUUCCCCUCAAAUUCCUAUUUCUGAGAAGAGAGAAGAAUGUGUUUAAAAAGAGCCACACAUGGCCACUCCGAAAUUGUCUGUCCAUGGUCUCAACUGAGGAGCUGUUACAUGUAAGAGAAAAUCAAAGCUGGGGACAGAGGGUGAGCUGUGUGUGUCUCCUAAAGCACAAGACAUGCCGUAAAUGGGGGAAGAAUGUUUUGAGUUUAGUGAGAUUUGUCAGGGACUAGAGUAAGGUGGUAUAAUCGUAAAGGGCCAUCCACAGAAAGCCCUAGUUAUUGAUUGGGAAAAAGAGAUUCAAAAAAUAUGAGCACUGGACCUUUCACCACCAAUAUCAAGGUCCUUUAACCAGCUGCUGCUCGGAGUCAUGGUGAAAAUAAGCUAGCGCAGCCCAGAUUUCUGUCAGUUUGUAUGGAGUUCAUCUCAACCCCAAUUUUCUGGGGCUCCCUACGCAGCUAUCCAAAAGAAAACAAUUAAAGCAAGUCUGACAUGUCUGGUGAAGGGUAGCUUACUGGUUUCUCAAACAGGAACAUCCCCUUUCCUAAGUCAUUUGGGGUCUUCAUCCUCUUGAUCUAAGUGAGAAGUGAGGUGAGUACAUUUUUUUUUUGAAAGCUGUACUCACAUAUACUUGGGCUAGAAUUUCCAAAAAAUAUAAUUUGAGAGUAAUAUCUAACUCCCUCGCGUUGUGAUUUCGUUGCUGUUUGGGACAAGGCAGAUGAAGUUGAUGAAGGGAGCAUGUUUCUAGAUACAAAUGUCCAACUUCGCAUGGACCUCCAUUCACACGGAGUCUCUUUGCCAAGAGGGGGCCAUGCCGACUCGUUCCAGAGUGUCUGGAGGCCCGAAGGAGGCUAGAGAAGACCUCUGUUAGGAAAGCACAUAGUCACCAUCUUGGCAACUGAGCAAUCCAGAACAUUUCACAUGCAACCCAAAGGUUACAGGUGUCAACCCCCAAAGACACCAUUUCAUGCCCAAAUAGUCAUUAAUCAAAGUGACCUGCUGUCACGUUGUUCAGCUGCCCAGGGAUUGGCCUCUCAUGUCCAAUCCCAAAGGAAGCCCUUUCCCCAGAAAUGGUUUGUUCUCAACAAGUCCUGGCUCCAUCCCUCCCUCCCAUGGGAGCAUGUGGCUUAGCCUGGAGCUCCCUUACUUGACCAGCGUCCUAAGAGCAUGGAGUUCCAUUGCCUGAAGGUGGCCACGUGAAGAGGGAGCUCUGAAAACCCCAUUUUCUUUCUUUUCACCCUCAUAUUGGCAUGAAUUUGUCUUCUUCUAACAUCUUGUAACCUUCUCGAUAUCAUGCUUUGAAAUGUAAUAAUAUGAUUUUUUAAAAGAAAUUUAUUACUUGUUGCAAAGGUCUUUUUAAAUCAGUCUAGAUUUAAAGAAAAAAUAAAUGGAAAUCAUUGACAAUUCAUUUCACAUUAAUGGUCUGAAAAUAAACCAAAGGACAUUAUGUGUGCAUGUGUGGAUAAGUGCACACAGAAAUGUAUACACACACGUAGACCAUAUAUAUGUGUGUAUACGUGUGUGUAUAUAUAAAUAUACACUUGUAUAAACAUAUAUACACACAUAUACCUAAAAUGUGUGUAUGUGUAUUUAUUAAAGAAACAGACACCACAUUCAUUGCUAAAAGAAUAUUCAGAGAAUAUCAAGAUGAUUCUGGCUAAAGAAAAAAGCCAGUGAAAAUUCAGGUGAAAAUGUUCAUUGAUUCCCAUGACGUCAUUUCUGUAAUUUUGCAGCUCUCUGUACAAACAUUAAAAGUCUUAUAUAGCAGCAAAAAUA